AUGGAUUCUCCUAUGGAUAAUAUAAUAAUUGAGCUCAGACCUCGACUGUCUUCCGUUAAUUUCUUCAUAAAUUUGAGGAAAGGAACGGAUCCCCAAUCUUAUAAAAUUAACUUAUUCUCAAGGAAAUUCGAUUUUGUGAGCGAGUCACAGGUUUUUUCCGUCAAGUGCCCAAGUGACUAUUUAUUUCUGGAGAAUUCCUUAUCCUGUCUCACUUACGGCAGCAACUAUAUUUAUUUCCGCUGCAAUUUAGAUACUAUCGAUAAGAAAUUAGGAAGUUGUAAUGGUGAGUUUUUGAAGUCUCUUUCCUCUUCAGUAUCCAAGAAAUCUGUAAUUAAAUUGUUGCCUGAAUCUCAAUAUAAAAUACAGUGUGUGAACUGCCAACAAAAUUUCAAUGAUUGUAUAAAAUUUGAAAGAAUAUUACCCUUGCCAAGCAAUCAUAUUGAUCCUAGUGAAUGGUUCUGCCAUAAACAUGAAAACGAAAACAAAACUUUGACCUGUUUGAAUCCAAAAUUGGGUGAUUUAUUCUAUUCUUCUUGUUAUUUUCACAUUCAUCAAGAUAACUUGAAAAAUGUUGUUGUUAAAUCGAAAAAUAUUGUUUGCAAAAGAUGUUUACUAUGGCUAGGUCUAAAUACUGAAAAUUAUGUUAAGUCUUGGUUUCACAAUAUCCAGUUUGUAUCCGGAAAUAAAGCGGAAUAUUCAACGCCAACCAAGGAUGUAUUUCUCACGAUAUCUGACAUUGUGGAACAAAAUUUUUUGGGAUGUGCAAAAAUUUUGUUUGAGCAAUGUUCCCCAAAGGGCAACGACUAUUUGUUUGUGUGGAUAUUAGAGAAGAAUUUGAAAAUCUUCUUUGGAAACGCAUUGACCGAUUUGGAGGAGCAUAGCGUUUACAAAGUAUUGUAUCAGUUUGAAAAUGACGCCGAAACUGUAAAUCGUUGGAUGAACGAUAACGGCGUAUUUUGUGUGACAGUUUCGAAACAAAUGAUGGUUGAUGCUUUGAAAAAUCUAAAUAAGUACCAUAAAUUACUUCCUGAAAGUUUCAGUAAAUCCAAUGGAUUGUAUAUUUCCUACUUGCUAAUACCAGACGAUUAAAAUUUUUCUUUAAA